AUGUCUACAUUUGAAUCAUUUGAACUUGUAUUUAUGAUACAUUUGAUGUCCGAAAUAUUUGGGAUUACUGAUAAAUUGUGUCAAGCUCUGCAAAAGGGGGACCAAGAUAUUGGUAAUGCCAUGACAUAUGUUAAAUUGGCUAAGGAGGGAUUACAACAAAUGAGGGACCAUGGGUGGGAAGACUUUUUACAUCUUGUGGUUUGUUUUUGUGUUAAACAUGAUGUAGAAGUUCCUCUUAUGGAUGAUAUGUAUGUUCCUCGUGGAAGGUCAAGACGCUUCUUUGCCAAAGUUUUAAAUCUUCAUCGAUUUCGGGUAGAAAUGUUUAUAAGUGUCAUUGAUUUACAACUCCAAGAGCUCAAUAGUAGAUUUGAUGAAGAAAAUAUGGAGUUACUUAUUUGUGUGUCAUGCUUAAACCCGAUCAAUUCAUUUGCGGGAUUUGAUAUGCAAAAGUUCUUGAGACUUGCUGAGUUGUAUCCCAAAGAGUUUCCAACUAAUGAUAUGACGAUGACUGCACUUCGUCAUGAGCUUCAAUUUUAUAUUAAUGAGGUGCGCCAAUAUGCAAGGUUUGGAGACUUGAAGGGCAUUCAUGAGCUUUCUAUGAUGCUUGUUGAAAUAAAUAACCAUACUACUUACAACUUAGUUUACUUGCUUAUAAGACUAGCAUUGAUCCUUCCGGUUGCAACUGCAAGCGUGGAACGAGUGUUUUCAUCAAUGACAUACAUAAAAAAUAAGUUGCGAAAUAGUAUGGGUGAUCAACUAUUGAAUGAUAAUUUAGUCACUUUUCUUGAGAGAGAUUUAUUUUCAAGAGUUAGUGAUGAUGAUGUAUUGGAACGCUUCCAAAGUAUGAAGACUCGAAGAAUGCUUCUGUAG